AUGAGGCAUGGAACAUGUGUGGCCUCAUCAGCUUCUCCCAGCAUCCUAGCUCUUGAAAUUUCACUGCUCCUUUUGCUAGAAAGUUCCCAUCCAUGCCAGCCAUCUCUAAUAUUUUCCACGGUGACCAUUUUCACUAUCCCCUGCAACAACAGAGGUGGGGACAGGGUUGGGGGCAGUGCCGUGGGGCUCUCCCCAGUUUGCACUAGAGUCUCUAAUGGUUCAUGCCCAGGCAGGAAGGGAGCAGGCUCUGAACCUCCUGCAUGGGAUCCUCAAUCCCCAUCCUUCAUUUGGGCUCUGGAAUUAGGGUUUUCCCUGCCACCACCACCCCUGCAGGCCACCAGGGACACACUGCUCCUCAGCCCCCUAAUGGGCAUGAAAAAACUGUGUCUUCCUCUCUGA